GGGCGGUCCCGUGACGGCUCGGUGCGCACAGACGGUGGCCGGCAGGGCAGGGCCGGGCGCGGAGCGGGUGCCGAGCGCGCCGCGGGAGGAUGGCGGAGCCGCACGGAAAUGCUUCAAAAGCUGUAGUAACCUUAGUAAGGUGAACGGCCGCGUUGACUAAAAUCGCGACUGGGCGUGAGCUACACAGCAAUUCAGCAGAGCUAAAGUUUGGUGAAACUGUGCUGCUGCUUCACUUGUCCAUCCUAUUUAGGAGCAGAAAUACUAAUACGGAGCGUUUGACCUGAUCUCUACAGCUGGGUCUCCUGAUAGUAGGAUUAGGAAAGAGUGCCUUCAGAAUCAAUAUGUAGCAAAUGGGUGUCACACCUCUGAAGCUCCUCCCUGGGUUCAACACUUGCGUGUUUUAAGGAUCCUUGUUGCCUCAGCAUCGAAUUGCUCUUGUGGACUUCAGAAAUAGAUUUCAUGUGGUGCUUGCUGAACGUUGAGUCACCAUGAGUAGUAACCUAGGAAAAGAAAAGGACUGCAAAGAGAAGGAUCCAAAAGUCCAAUCAUCAAAAGAAAGGGAGAAGGAGGCUAAGGCCUCAGGAGGAUUUGGGAAAGAGAGCAAAGAAAAGGAGCCUAAGACCAAAGGGAAAGAUGCCAAAGAUGGAAAGAAGGACUCCAGUAGCACGCAGCCUGGGGUAGCUUUUUCAGUGGACAAUACAAUAAAAAGACCUAAUCCUGCCACAGGUACUCGCAAAAAAUCCAGCAAUGCUGAAGUGAUCAAAGAGCUAAAUAAAUGCCGGGAAGAGAAUUCUAUGCGCUUGGACUUGUCCAAGAGGUCUAUACACUUGCUUCCAUCAGCUAUCAAAGAGCUAACGCAGUUAACAGAACUUUAUUUAUACAGUAACAAACUGCAGUGCCUACCAGCAGAGGUGGGCUGUCUUGUGAACCUGGUGACGCUGGCUCUGAGUGAAAACUCACUCACCAGUUUGCCUGACUCUCUUGAUAACUUGAAGAAACUGCGCAUGCUUGACCUGCGGCAUAACAAACUGAGAGAAAUCCCCUCGGUGGUGUACAGGCUAAGCUCCCUCGCCACUCUGUACCUACGCUUUAAUCGUAUAACUACUGUGGAAAAGGAUAUCAAAAACUUGUCAAAACUCACCAUGCUUAGCAUACGAGAGAACAAAAUCAAACAACUACCUGCUGAAAUUGGUGAGUUGUGUAACCUCAUAACGCUGGAUGUAGCGCACAAUCAGCUUGAACAUCUUCCAGAAGAGAUUGGAAGCUGCACGCAGAUCACCAACCUUGACUUGCAGCACAAUGAGCUCCUGGACCUGCCAGAAACCAUAGGAAAUCUGUCCAGUCUAAGUCGGCUUGGCCUGAGGUACAAUAGGCUGUCAGCAAUUCCCAAGUCUUUAGCAAAAUGCAGUGAACUUGAUGAGCUGAACUUGGAGAACAACAACAUUUCUACUUUACCAGAGGGUCUUUUAUCCAGCCUUGUCAAACUGACUAGUUUAACAUUGGCCAGGAACUGCUUCCAGUCCUAUCCUGUGGGUGGCCCGUCCCAGUUCUCCACAAUCUACUCUCUCAAUAUGGAGCACAACCGCAUCAAUAAAAUCCCCUUUGGAAUUUUCUCUAGAGCUAAAGUAUUAAGUAAGCUGAACAUGAAGGACAAUCAGCUGACGUCUCUCCCCCUGGACUUCGGGACUUGGACAAGUAUGGUAGAACUGAACUUAGCGACUAACCAGCUCACAAAAAUCCCUGAGGAUGUAUCUGGGCUUGUUUCUCUUGAGGUUCUUAUCUUGUCAAACAAUCUCCUAAAGAAACUUCCCCAUGGAAUUGGAAAUCUACGGAAACUCCGAGAGUUAGAUCUAGAGGAAAACAAACUGGAAUCCUUGCCAAAUGAAAUAGCUUACCUCAAGGAUCUGCAGAAAUUGGUUCUGACUAACAAUCAGCUGACCACCCUUCCCAGAGGAAUCGGUCACCUUACCAAUCUGACGCACCUUGGGCUCGGAGAGAACCUUCUCACACACCUUCCUGAGGAAAUUGGUACACUGGAGAAUCUGGAAGAACUGUAUUUGAAUGACAACCCCAAUCUGCACAGCCUUCCCUUUGAGCUGGCUCUUUGCAGCAAACUGUCAAUAAUGAGUAUUGAGAACUGCCCGCUCAGCCACCUUCCACCUCAGAUUGUUGCUGGAGGACCCUCCUUCAUCAUUCAGUUCCUAAAAAUGCAGGGACCAUAUCGUGCCAUGGUCUGAUGCUCAUUGACUUGUCCAAUACACUGUACAAAAUACAAACUGCAUUAAUGUUGUAAUUGUCUGUAUAUGUAUAUAUAAUAUAAUAUAUGUGGUUUAUAUUAUAUUAUAUAUAUAUAAAUAUAUAAAUAAUAUAAAAAGGCAAAUUUAAGACUGCAUUAUGUGUUUCUGCUAAUAGAGGAAUCAUAGCCAUUUAGAUUUUUUUUUAUUCUGUAAAAAUGCUUGUCUAAGUUUUCUUUGCUGAACUUGAUGGAAGUUAUCUGAAUAAUCUGAAAAUGCCAGUUCAUUUAAAGCAAUUGCCAAUGAACUCAAAGUUGAAAUUUAAGGGACAAAACCAGUUUUGCUUAGAUUUACUUUCAGUUAAGAGAAAUGUAUAACCUUUAUAUAAUGAACUUUUCUGUUUUCCUCCCCCCCCCCGCCCCCCACCUUUUUUUUGUGUCAAAACCUGAAAGGGUCACGUGCCCUUGAGUUGGGAUUUUCUUUUAACUUAUUUUGAGAUUUGAAGCAAAUGGUGUUUUUAUAUUGUUUACAGUCAGAGUAAAUCACUGGAUUUUGUUUUAUUCUGAUUUGCUCUGUUUUAAUCAAUCAUAUCUAGAAUUUAUAUGCCUCUGCUGAUGAAUUUUUAUCAACCAGUUUGUAUACUAAAAACAUACUCAUCAGAACAACUGGCAGGUGAAAAGGAUGCAGUCAAAACAAAAAGAAAAGAAAAAAAAGUUUGAAUUCCUAUAAGUCUUGCUUCCCUGAGUUAUCAGUUGCAGGCAUAACAUAUCUGAACUGAGCCUUUUGCGUUUGGUCUUUUCUAGCACAAGUAAACCUUUUCAGAUUGGUAAAAAUGUGGAGUAUCCUCAGUGAAGAGCGGUUUUCAUUGUGUGAAGUAACAAGUCCAUGAGGUCUAACAGUACAGUUAUGUGACAAGGAAAUAAUAUAUAUGUACAUUUUUAUUACAAUGUUGAGUCAUAAACUACAAUGGGCAAUUUUAAGGAUUCCUUAUAGACCUUGUACAAUAAAUGAAUGUGUCUUACUUUUAAA